CCUUUUCCGGCGUUGUCAUGGCGGCGACUCUGGGGCAGGUGUGUGCCCUGGUGCUGGUGGCCGUGCUGUGGGGCGGCUCCAACCCGCUGCUGAAGAGGGCCGCGGGCAACGUGGAGCCAGCACCAGAGGGGAGCCGGCUGGGGCAGCUCCUGCACGAGAUGAAGUUCUUGUUCUUCAACUACCAGUAUCUGGUGCCCCUUUGCCUCAACCAGUGUGGCUCUCUGAUCUACUACCUUACCCUGGCAUCAACAGAUCUGUCCCUGGCUGUGCCCAUCAGUAACUCCCUGGCUCUUGUUGUCACCCUGGUUGUCGGGAAGUUCCUUGGGGAAGACAUUGGUGGAAAAUGGCCUGCCCUGGGAAUGGUGCUCACCAUCUCCGGAAUCAUGCUCUGCAUUGCAAGUUCAGUGGGCAAGACAGAAUAACGACAGGAUCCUGUGGCCAGCCCCACCCAGAGACGACGGAGCAUUGGAGCAGGGAACCCUGGGCCGGGGGAUCUUGAGCCACCCAUGCUUGAGCUUUCCUUGAGAAGGCUGUCUUUGACUUCUUGGCAGUGGCCUCUUCCUCUAUGAUUCAGUGAGGCCUAAUGGGGAGGAGGGGGGCUCAAAGACUUUACCACUUUGAACCUGAAGUUUCAUGCCUUGGAAACACCCCCCUUCGUUGUGUGACCCAACCUCUCUCAUGACCUUGGCCUCCAGCCAACAUUGUGGUUUGUACAUAGCACCCUGGAUGUCAGGUGCAGAGUGCUCCUCAAGCUCAAACUUAGGGGCCUUCGGAGCCUUGGUGUGAGCUGAUGUGGGCUGUGGCUGGUGGUGAGUCAGAGCCCGCAUGUGCUGCAGUCAGUUAGACGCCUUCCUUCCCCUCUCCAUCUGCAGCCCUGGAAGGGGCCCCUUGUGCCCUAGGCCAAGAGGCUAGCUUCAUCACCAGCUUUUGCUCCUCUAACUCUUUCCUGGUCCAGGCUUUAAAGUGGAAUAUGUUCUGGAGAGAUGGGUAAACAAGGCUCAGACAACCGAGAAGCAGAGAAGACUAUUUUCUUUAUUAGGCCAAAGCUUCUCCCGAAGUGUGUAUGCCCCUGUCCUCCCUACCCCACCUUGUGUCACACCCCACAGGGUAGAGGAAGGUAAGCCUUCCUCUCCCCUGGAAGCAGAGGCUUUCCCUUCCUUAGGCAGGCUCACUGCAGGUUUGUGGGCCAGGCAGACUAAAAGGGUCUGUGGAAACCUCUAGCAAGAUCCUGGCAGGAGGCUGGGGGACCACAGCGGAAGAGGGUGGAUCGGUUCAAUAAAAGGCUGUGCCAUGGC